AAGUCUUCUUCAGUUGCAUGCAGGCAGCAGCUGGGAGGGAUGAGAAUCAAAAACAGCAGCGAGAGGAGCUUAACAGGACUCCCCUUCAGGCAUCCCAACAAGUCUGGACUGCUCUGCUGCUGCUUGUGCUCAGCUUCCCCUCCGAGCUCGGCGGCAGCCUCGGGAGUCAGCCUGAGCGGCACACAGCUGAAGCGCCUCUGCAGGAUGCAGCUGCAGGACCUGGCGCUCUGACUCGGACCCGGGACGCCUUCAGUUUGGGACGCUGGACCGUGGGUGUGACCGAGUGACCCCUCAGAGGAGCCGAGGCUAUGCCACAGGUGGAGAGGUGGUAGACUGAGGCCGAGACGGAGGAGAGAUCCUCAGGUUGUGAAGAUGUGGAUCUGGGCGCUCGCCGUGACUGUCCUGCUGUCCGUCAUGAAACCUGCUGAAUCUCAGGGCAGGUGCAACAAUGUGCAAGCAGCAGAUAUUGUGUUUCUGAUCGACGGUUCCUCCAGCAUCGGUCGAGGAAACUUCGUGCUGGUGAAGGGCUUCAUGGCUGGCGUUGCAAAGCCGUUUGCCGGCUCGGUUAGCGAGUUUGGGAUUCGGUUUGGGGCAGUGCAGUACAGCGACACACCAAGAGUUGAGUUUACCUUCAACACAUACCCAAACGGCACUGAACUCGUCAACGCGCUGCAGAAUCUGAACUAUAAAGGCGGAAACACUCGAACCGGAGCUGGACUGAAGUUUGUUGCUGAUAACUUCUUUAACCCUUCUUCCAGUCGAGAUGUCCCAAAGAUUACUAUUCUAAUCACGGAUGGAAAAUCCCAGGACAAUGUGCAGGAGCCGGCACAGAAGCUGCGCAGUCUGGGGGUGAUGGUUUUUGCCGUUGGCAUAAAAAACGCCGACAAAAGUGAGUUGGCUCAGAUCUCCUCUGAGCCCAGCAGUGACUUCACCUCCUUUGUUGGGGACUUUAAACUUCUCAACACCCUCAUUCCUCUUGUGAGCCCUCAAGUGUGUUCAUCGGCAGGAGGGGUCUAUGCUAGUGAUGAGGCUUUUUCUGGCCCAUCCAACAUUCAGUUCACAGCUCAGACGUCCGAUUCUCUUCGAUUUCGUUGGAAUCCCGCCGGGGGUCCUGUCAACGGCUAUGUGGUUCAGUAUGUGCCACUUUCUGGUUUGGGUCAACCAAUCACAACAGAACUGCGGCAGGAGACUGUUUCUGCCAGCCAAAGGACGUUUGCUGCCCGCGACCUGAAGUCAGGAACAGACUAUCUGGUCACGGUCAUCGCCCAGUACCCCAACAGCGUAGGAGAGUCUGCUUCUGCCAAGCAACGAACCAGGUCCUUGCCAAGUGUCCUCAACUUUCGUCUAAUUCAGGCGGACUUCUUCUCUCUUUCUGUGGGCUGGGACCAGCCUUCAUCUCCUGUUCAGGGCUACAGACUCACGUAUGGACCGCGAGGUCAGCCAGCGGCUCAGCUGUUGGAGCAGUCGCUGUCUGCAGACACCACGUCUGUCACCUUUGAGUCUCUUCAGCCAGACACUGAGUACGUCAUCAACCUCUACCCUCUGUUUCCGCGGAACGCAGCGUCGCCAUCCAUCCUCAACGCUCAAACGCUGCGUUUGGAGGCCGUGCAGCAGCUGUCGGUGGAGACGAUAUCGGAGGGCAGCGUUCGUGUGCGAUGGAGAGGCGUCAGUGGGGCCAGAGAAUACCGUCUGGUUUGGGGGCCUUUCACAGGUCGCAGUGUUGAAACAGUGGCAGUCUCAGGCGACAGCGAGUUCCACACUUUGUCCAGGCUGCAGCCAGACACCGAAUACAUCGUCACCAUCAUCCCGCUGUAUGACGGCAACACCGAAGGACCCAUCGCAACCGCGCGGUUCAAGAUCGAGCGUCAGGAGCAGCAAGUCCUCCGGGCGGUGACCACCGGACCCUCCACCAUCAGCCUGACCUGGAGGCUCAUUCCGUCUUCUCGAGGGUACCGACUGGAGUGGAGGGAGGGACAAGAGGAGCAGCCAGUAGGAAGAGUGUCCAACCUAAGAGUGGUGGAGUCUUUGGGCAGCACGGCCAGACUCGGAUGGACAGGCGUCGCUGGCGCUACACAGUACAAGAUAACUGUUCUGAACACAGAAGUGGGAACAGAGGAAAGCCGGGUUAUCCCUGGAAAUCAGACGACCCUUGACCUCAGAGACCUUGUAGUGGGAGUGUCUUAUAGUGUGAGUGUCACAGCACUGGUGGGAGAAAAUGAAGGAGAAACGGUCACGGUUUACAUCAAACCAGAACAAGCUACAGACAGAGUGACAAAUCUCAGAGUGACAAAUACAAAUAGUCGGAGAAUUCGUAUUUCCUGGACGGGUGUCAGUGAGGCAACGGGAUACAGAGUCACAUGGAGACAGGAGAACAAUGGAGAACAAUCACGCCUUUUAGGCGCAGAGGCCUCUGCUUUUACCAUCGACGGCCUGCAGCCGGAUGAAGAUGUGGUGAUCGGUGUUGCGGCCAUAGUCGAUAGGCGCGUUGGAGAAGCCGUUACGCUGUCGGCUCGGACCAACCCCUCCAACGGAGGAUUGUCUGGGCUUCGUGUCACUGAGAUCUCCUCUCAGAGCAUGCGGGUUUCAUGGUCACGGUCCUCUAGAGCCACUGGGUAUAAGAUCAGGUGGCGUCGUGAUGGUGGAGUUGAAAUGACUCAUACGGUGAAUGCGGAUGUCUCCUCGUACAUCAUCGAUGGACUUGACCCGAAUUCAGCUUAUAGUGUGCAGGUUUCCGCACUCAGUGGCUCUCGAGAGGGAAGUCCUUCUUUUCUGAACGUUAGGACCGAAGCAGUCCAAUCCAUUGUGGGGACGGUGACGUCGCUGCAAGUCCAAGAGACCGGAACAGAGAUAGUCCGUGUCACCUGGGUGGGAGUGCAGGGAGCGACAGCCUAUCGAGUGACAUGGAGGAGGACAGAUGGUGGGGAGGAGAAGAGCCAGUUGGUGAGUGGAGACGUGAGUGCUGUGGAUUUGGUCCAGCUUGACCCUGGAGCUCAGUACGAGGUCCAGGUCUUUGCCUUGGUCCAGAACCGAGAGGGAAGCCCCGUGUCGGUCAGAGUCCUCACACCUGGUUAUAAUACACCUUCUCAACUCUCUACAACUUUACGAGUGACAGACAUUACCCAGGAUUCAGUGCAGCUGCGCUGGAUUCUUCUUCCAGAUGCGACAGGUUACAUUCUCCGCUGGAAAGAGGAGACGGAUAUCGGACAGGGCCUGUCUGUCACGCUGUCGGCUCUGACCAACUCCUACGUGGUGAAUGGACUCCGUUUGGGUCGUAGAUACAGGUUUACCAUUCAACCAACCUUUGCAAGUGCAGUUGGAACGGAAACCUAUGUGGAUGAACGCACUGUGUGUGUGGGCGGACGUCUUGACGUGGUGUUUCUGGUGCCGGCGUCCACCGAUCGGGCUGGUUUGGCUGGACCUCUGCGUGAUCUCCUGACAAGUAUAACGGGAUCUCUGGCCGCCAUUGGACCUCGAGACUCACAGGUUGGAGUUGUGGUGUACGGCUUUCGACCCAAAACCUGGUUUCUGCUCAGUCGUCACAGCCGAUCCGACACGCUGCUCCAGGAGAUCCGGUCCAUGCCGUUUGAUGAAAGCCCUGGAAACAACAUUGGUCAAGCGCUGGCAUUCACCGAGCAGUACCUUCUGAACCCCUCAGCUGGACGGAGACCAAGCGUGCCGGGUGCUGUGGUCAUCAUCGCUGACAGAAGAUCAGCCGACAACCUGACCCUUUCAGCCAAUGCGCUCCGAGCAUCAGGUGUGACUGUGCUGGCGGUGGGUAUAAACCAGGCGUCCACGGAGGAGCUGCGGGAGAAAGAGGCAGAGACGGAGCAGACGGACGCAAAGGAGAGCCUGGUCGGGAUGGUUUGCCUGGAAGAGAAGGCCCCAGAGGUCCUGAAGGUCGUCCAGGUCCCCCGGGUCAAAGUAUCCCCUUUGAACCUUCACUCGGGGCGAAAGGGGAGAAAGGAGAACGAGGUUUCCCUGGUAUCGAUGGAAAUCCUGGUUUGCCCGGGCGACCUGGUGCUCCCGGAAACACAGGCGUUCCAGGUUCUCAAGGCCUGCCUGGAGUCAGAGGGAACCAGGGUGAACCAGGACGACCGGGACCACUGGGACCAAAAGGUGACAGAGGUGAAAGGGGUGAGCCGGGUUCAACUGCAUCAGGUGGGGGGCUCCCUGGAAGGAAAGGGGAGCCAGGUCUACCGGGAAUACCGGGAACUCCAGGUCGACCGGGCAACGACGGAGCGAAAGGAAGCUCUGGAGUUCCAGGGACACCAGGACAAGAUGGCCGCCCGGGCAUCCCAGGAACGCCGGGACUCUCCAUCAAGGGAGAUAAGGGCAGCUCAGGAGAGAGGGGGCCUCCCGGAGUCGGCAGCGGGGUCGCCGUGAAGGGAGAGAAGGGCUCCCCGGGGGUUCCAGGAGCGGCAGGAGCUCCAGGUCCCAGAGGCCCAGCAGGACCAGAGGGCAAGAGAGGAGAAAAGGGAGAUGAAGGGGCCGGGCUGCCUGGACCUCCAGGGAAGCAGGGAGAGACCGGGGAGCGGGGAACUCGUGGCCCUGCAGGGGAAAUCGGCAGCAAGGGGGACAGAGGACAGCCGGGUGAGGCCGGGUCUCAGGGGGACAGGGGCGAACGAGGACCGGCUGGUGAACGGGGAGAAAGAGGUGAUCCCGGGAAGCCAGGAACUCCAGGAACGCCGGGAUUAAGGGGUUUACCAGGACCCACUGGACCAGCAGGAGAAAAGGGGAAUGAUGGAGCACGAGGAGAACCUGGUCGAAGUGCGCCGGGUUUACCAGGACGGAAAGGAGACCAGGGGGAGCAAGGUCUGACCGGUUCCGAGGGUCCAAGAGGAGAUAAAGGCGACGUGGGACAAAAAGGAGAGAAAGUCAGUGUUAAUUACUACAGAUUUAGAUUUAGAUCCUCUCCUCUCUUCUCCAAAUGUCACUCUUCUUUCCUAUGUGAGGGUUCUCCCGGCACAGGAGGGUCAGGUGUUGGAACCAAAGGAGAACCAGGAGAUCGAGGUCCCGCUGGUAUAAGUGGGCGCCCGGGCUCCAAGGGAGAUCCAGGAGAACCAGGAGAGAAGGGAGAGGACGGCCGGCCAGGAGUCCCAGGAAAGCCUGGUGUCCCGGGGAAAGAGGGAGAGAAAGGAGAAAAGGGAGAUGAAGGCACACCUGGCGAGUCUGGACUUCCCGGGAAGCCAGGAGAACGAGGCUUUCGGGGACUGGCCGGUCAGCCUGGACGACAAGGAGAGAAAGGAGACCUGGGAGACCCUGGAGAGCACGGGCGGAAUGGCAGCCCUGGACCUGCAGGACCGAGAGGAGAGAAAGGAGACCAGGGACCACAAGGGCCUCAGGGAGCACCAGGGAAAAUGGCUGAUAUUCAGAAUCAACUCAAAGGGGACAAAGGAGACAAGGGUGACGCCGGCGACCCCGGAGAGCACGGCGGCAAAGGCGUUAAAGGUGAAGCGGGAGCUCCCGGCCCUUCCGGCCCUCGCGGUCCAGAGGGACCCCAGGGGCCCUCGGGCACCAGAGGCGACAGAGGAGAGCGAGGGACACCUGGAGAAAAGGGAGAAAGAGGAGCCUCCGGUUUGGAUGGACGUUCUGGUCUGGAUGGGAAGUCCGGACCACCAGGACCACCUGGACAGAGGGGAGAUCCUGGUAAACAGGGAGACUCGGGAAGAGAUGGAUUACCGGGAUUAAGAGGAGAGCAAGGCCCUCAAGGCCCCACUGGGCCACCAGGCAACCCAGGAACACCAGGUAAAGCUGGUGAAGAUGGCAAACCUGGACUUCCUGGGAAAACGGGGGAGGAUGGAGUGCCGGGUGAAGAUGGGAGAAAGGGAGACAAAGGAGAACCUGGAGGAUCAGGACGACACGGCCAAGACGGGGAGAAGGGGGACCGGGGUCCUGUUGGCCCGGCGGGCCCCUCUGGUCCUCCAGGAGCCCCCGGACUGCCGGGCAGCAUUGGUCCACCUGGACAGGUUGUGUACGUGAAGGGAGUCGAAGCUGCACCGAUCCCAGGCCCCCAGGGGCCCCCUGGAACACCGGGCGUCCCUGGAAUUCCAGGAAGUUUGGGAGCCCGGGGGGAGAGGGGUCCAGCAGGCCCAAAAGGUGACGCUGGAGACCCGGGAGAAGACGGAGCUCCUGGUAAACCAGGAACUACAGUGGAUGUACAAAGAGCUCUGAUCACCCUCGGCGUUAAGGUGUCGGACCUGAAGCUGCUCCUAGACAGGAAGGACUCUCUUUUUGCUUCUGAAGAGCAAAAGCCAGAGAAAGGGGAGAAGGGAGAUAAAGGUGAAACCGGCCCGAGAGGCCCUUCUGGGGCCGAUGGUGACCGCGGGUCUCCAGGAGAACGGGGUGUCAAAGGGGAACAAGGAGCUCAAGGAUCUGUGGGGUCACCGGGUCCUCCAGGAAGGGCCAUUGGGGAACGAGGCCCACAGGGACCCCAAGGGCCUGCCGGAGAGCCUGGGAAGCCAGGGAUCCCUGGAGUUCCUGGACGAGCGGGAGAACUCGGGGAGGCUGGAAGACCAGGAGAGAAGGGGGACCGAGGAGAGAAAGGCGACAGAGGAGACUCUGGUAAAAUGGGAUUAACUGGACCAGCAGGACCUCCAGGUGAAAAGGGAGCAUCUGCUGAAUCGACGCUCAUCGGUUCUCCUGGACUCAGAGGUCCUCCUGGAGUCACAGGACAGAAGGGAGAGCCUGGUGCGGCCGGACCACAAGGAUCCAAGGGUGAUCGGGGUUUUGUGGGACCCCGUGGGGAGAAAGGAGAGAGAGGAGAGCCUGGAGAACGAGGACGUGAUGGCUCACAGGGGACGCCAGGAGAACCAGGAAAACCCGGUCUAGACGGAAAACCGGGCAUGCCUGGGUUCCCGGGAGUUCUAGGCAGACCGGGAAACCCAGGAGAGCCGGGCAUCAGAGGGCCGACUGGCCCCAUGGGUCCCACAGGCCUGCCAGGUCCAAUCGGUGUGAAGGGCAAUCAAGGGGAACCAGGUGUCGGUGUCCAGGGUCCUCCUGGAGCUCAGGGGAGCACGGGUCUGCCAGGACCACCGGGUCCUCCUGGAGCUGUGGGUCCUCAGGGCCCCCCAGGACUGUCAGGACAGGUGGGUGAAUCGGGAAAACCUGGAGUUCCUGGAAGAGACGGCGUUCCAGGCAAAGAUGGACUUCCCGGGUUACCAGGAAAGCAGGGCAUUUCUGGAUCCGUGGGUCUGCCGGGGUUAAAAGGAGAACAGGGAGACAGCGGCCCUCCAGGAAAGGCUGUGGCUGGACCCCCAGGACCCAAAGGAGAUCGGGGUCCACCGGGUCAAACGCUGCCAGGUACGGCAGGAGAGCAGGGUGUACCUGGAGAGAAGGGUAACAAGGGGGACAGAGGGUCUCCGGGCUUCAAGGGAGAGAGAGGAGUGGCUGGUGAUCCCGGGGAGAGUGGGGAGGAUGGAGCAAAGGGAGAUUCUGGGCCAAAAGGAGAUAAAGGCGAGAAGGGUGUCGGGCUGCCAGGUCCAUCUGGUCGGGUUGGACCUCCAGGUUUGAAGGGAGAUCCAGGCCUUCCAGGCUUGGCCGGUCCACCGGGCCCCCUGGGGAAGUCGGGGGAUCCCGGCCUGCCUGGCAUGAGGGGGGAAAAUGGACAGCCAGGACCUCCAGGGCCCCCGGGGGAGAGGGGCCUCCAAGGUUUUGCAGGCCGUGUAGGAAAUGCUGGAGCUCCGGGUCCUCCUGGUCCUCCCGGACAGCCUGGCUCUCCUGGUACCAACGGGGUCAAAGGGGACAAGGGGGAAGUUGGUGUUGGCAUUCCUGGUCUCAGAGGAGAAAGAGGAGAUCCAGGACCCAGAGGGGAGGAGGGUCGAGCUGGCAUAGAUGGAGAGAGAGGUUCAACGGGACCCCCAGGAACCCGAGGAGUUCGUGGGGAGAAGGGAGACGUGGGGCCUCUGGGGGAGAAAGGAGACAAGGGGGACACCGUGUUGGUCGGAGGUCCUGCUGGAGAAAAGGGCACCAAAGGAGAAACGGGUGACCGAGGGCCAAAAGGUACACAGGGAGAAAAGGGGGUGAAAGGUCAAGAAGGCCCCCCAGGAGAGCAGGGUCAGAGGGGAGAGCCUGGAGAAAAAGGAUCCACUGGAUUCCCAGGAGCCCGUGGGCCUGGUGGACAGAAGGGAGAAGCGGGCGAAGCUGGAGUACCUGGUGAAUCGGGAUUACCCGGGAAAAAUGGUCAGCUCGGCCCAAGAGGGGAGAAAGGAGAAAGUGGGAUCACUGGAAUGAGAGGAAUCAAGGGUGACCGCGGACCCAAAGGGGCUUGUGGAAGCGACGGCCCCAAAGGAGACAAGGGGGAUGCUGGCAUACACGGCCGAUCGGGUCUACCGGGAAGAAAAGGUGAACAGGGAGAUCUUGGACCCCCUGGGGCCCCUGGAAUCCCAGGAAAGGAGGGCAUAGUUGGCCCCAAGGGUGACCGUGGAUUUGAUGGAGUCCCUGGACCCAAAGGAGGACAAGGAGACAAGGGUGAACGGGGACCACCUGGUGUUCCUGGUGCUCCAGGUCCCAGAGGGGUGGACGGGCCUUCCGGCUUGACUGGCCCACAAGGACCAGCUGGUGCUAAAGGCCCAGAGGGGCUGCAGGGACAAAAGGGGGAGAGGGGUCCAAUCGGUCCUGCCAUGGUUGGUCCACGUGGAAUCCCAGGGAUACCCGGGGAGCGAGGAGAGCCUGGAGAGAUGGGGCCAGAUGGAGUGAAAGGAGACAGAGGAGAGCCAGGCAUGACGGAGGACGAGGUCAGAGAGUAUGUUCGCUCGGAGAUGAAUCAGCACUGCGCGUGUGGAGGUUUAGGCCCAGAAACUCGGUCCAAGCCCACAGUCAGGGCUCGGUCUCCAGCAGAGCAGCAGCUGGUACUGAAGGGGGAGACGGGCCGCGAGCUCCAUGUAGUGAUGAACACCCAUGACCCGGACUAUGAGCACAUCUACUCCAUCGAGGCCCUGGACGACCCCGCCGACGAGCUGCUCUACCUCUCCACACAGCCAGGAAACCAGACCGGAGCAGCAGAUCAGGAUGAUGGAAAAGAUUCAGAGAAAACAGUCAGAACCAAAGCGAGUAAAUCAGCAAGUGCUGACAUUCAGCCGGUAGCAGCAGCCGGUGGUGAGAAAGUCAAGAACAGAUCAGUCAGGUCCAAGAGGAGGGUAAAAGAGGAAGCAGACUCGUGCUCGCUGCCCAUGGACGAGGGGAGUUGUGAGCGCUACACUCUGCGCUGGUACUUCAACAGUCAGGUGGGAGCGUGCAGACCCUUCAUCUACAGCGGCUGUGACGGCAACAGCAACCGCUUCCUCCACCAGGAGGAGUGUGAGGCGCUCUGCCUUGGGAAAGCUGGAGGUCCUCGCGCGCUACAGACGGCUCGGUGAUUGUGGCCGUCGGACCCCCCCCCCACAGGAGUGUUAGUCUUUACAUGGAAUUUAUGUGAUUUUGUUUAUUUAUUGUUUUUUUUAAACUGCUAGCCUUAACUUUGCCUUGAAAAAGGACUCCACCAUCAUCCUGGAUUUUCCUAAGCAAAUAGAAUUGUUGUUUCUGUGCAAAAAAAGUUUUGUUUUCCAGCUUAACAAGAGUUUAUUUUUCUGUUUUCACAUUGAUGUUCUCGGCUGAACGUCUGAGUUUUCUCCUCAGUUAGUUUUGUGCAUCACAGCCAGGAAAUAAAAUAUAAAAGGAUAAACAGUUCAACCAAACAGGAAACAAAAACACAAAACUCUGUUUCAGCUGCUGGGAUGUUUUCAGGCCAUCACAUUCACUUUUUCUAAUUCCGUUUGAACUUGUCGGUCUAAUUCUUUAACAAUGAGAGAUAAUAUUUUUUCAUGGAGUUUUUUGUUCUAAAAUGACAUUCAAACAGAUGUGGAACUCUUUUCAAAGUCCGAUAUUUCACAUAAAUGUGUCACAUACAUCACAUCUUUAGUUCUCUCUUUAAACUCUUGAAUACUUCUAUUUUAAAUUUAAAAAAUAUUUGCAAAUUCCCGAGAAAAGACACUGGAAACAUUAUUUUAUCUGUCAAAGGAAUGGAGUCCAAAUGUUAAACUGUUUAAAGACAUUUUCAUCAUUCUUUUUCCUAAAUGUCAUUACAACUUCUGGUCACUUCACGCUGCAGAGUAAUUCGGUGUAAUGUGAUAUUUCUGAUGGUAUUCAUGUUUACAGUUGAUUGGACUGCUUUAGCUGCGUUUCCAUUAACUAUGAAAUUGGGCAAAUUGGAUUUUGGAUGAUACAUUUGUUUAAUGAAAACAGUUUUGAAAAAACUCGCAUUUAUCGAAGACAAGUUUUUGCACUUAGAGGAGAAAAUUGGUUGGGACAAUUUUCUCCAAACUGAAAUGGAAACACUUUUUGAUUUAAAUGCGAUUGUUGGUAGGAAGUGUCCGCCCUGAGCGCUCACAGCGGGCGCCACGAGAGGUCCGACAGGAUGACGGAAUCUCAUCGUAAAAUGACCAACCAGGAUUACCUCAGCCUGGAUAAGACGCCGACGUCUCCUUUGAUAGAUAACUGACAGAAACUUGAAUGGAUCUUGUCGUGUUUUCAAACAGGAAACAUGAUUUUUAGCAGGCCUCUCACCUGCGACUGUCGAUGGACAAAAGUGUUGCUGCACGUGCAACACUUUUGUGACGUCGCCCAAAUGAUCCCUUAGAUUAAAACAAUCCCUGUUCUGAUCCAUCGCCGUGUUUUUACUGACUUAUCGAUGAGUUUCUUGUUUUUAUUCGCAUAAUUAUGAUUUAACGGAAACACUUUCAUUGCACACUGUUUUUUUUUUUUUACAUUUCUAGAAUUUGGAUAAAGUUUUGCGCAUAUGUGUAAUGGAAACGCAGCUCGUGCUAAGAUAGAAAAGUGGACAGUAUUUUGGUUUAUUUCCUUCAGAAUAAACACAUUUUUUGUGAUCCAGGAAACAAGUCAGCUGUACCAAGACUUAUUAACCUCAUUUGUAUUCAGAUUUAAUCACAAUCUGCUUUAGUUUUGCAACUUUUACAUAGAAGGACCCUCUAGCAGUGGGUUUAGGGGGUCAGCUUGCAAACGUUUUUCUACAUAGAGCCUCCAAAUACAUUUUAUUCUGGAGGAUUCAUGCAAAGCAGAGUUUGUUUUUCAAACAGAGGCAUGAACAUAAACAAAUAUACGUAUGUAUAAGCAGAUUUUUCUAUAACUGAUUAUUUUAAACUUUGCUGCUUCACUCUUUUUUGUUCAAACCACAUUUUCUUUUUUUUUAUUGUGCACUGUAAAAGAUUUUUCCACAGACCGUAAAAGAGGAGCUCACAAAUAAGCCAAAUAAUCUGAAUACCUCCGAUUUUUUUACUUUCAGUUCAUCUGCAGUGAAUUUGUGUUUGUGUCCAGAUCUUUGAUUUUUUCCAUUUCCUGUAACCUCCACCAGCUCCAUCCUUUACCAGCAGCAGCGUCUUAAACUGCUGAGAUUUUUGAGAGCUUCUUAAAAUAGAAAAAAAUGUUUAAUUCAUACAUUAAGUCCAAAAUGUUAUCGAAAAAAGACAGCUUAAGCCAUAUAUGGAAAGCACUUUGGUCCCAAAAACCUGUCCAAAAUAAAACUCCAAGUAAGUCGUCGUUCUAAAUAUACGUUUAAAGAUGAAGAAUCAAGCGCAAUGUUCUUUGAGAGGAAUCAUUUUUUUCCUUUUGUCGGGUUUAGCUUUUAUUCAUGAUUGCAUGUUUAUCUGCCAGUGAAAAGGUGCUAUUUUUAUAGGUGCUGUUUUUCUAUUCCUUGUGUUGAAGGUGUGAGCUUUUGUGUUUUUCAUGGUAAUAAAUGACAUUUUAAUGACACAUUUCCAAUAAAUACAAUGUCUGAACAAAAAAAGAGCUCCUUGGGUUUUGUUUGAAUAGUUUUAAAUGACAAAAUAUGUGAAAGGUGUUCACAUG